UUCAAAUCCCCAAAAUCUAAAACCUAAAAAGUUCUAAUUUCUAAAAUCACACCGCCUCUCGCAGUAACGCCCUCCCUGCGAAUCUGCGAGCAGCUGCAGCCGAGGACGAAGACGGAAGAUUCCUUCUCCCCUGCGACAGCCGAUAAGGUCUCACUUCCAAAUUCAAUCAGAUAAAAGCAUGCCAAAGGUGAAGACAAACCGUGUCAGGUACCCAGAGGGAUGGGAAUUGAUUGAGCCUACUCUAAAUGAACUACAAGCCAAGAUGAGAGAAGCGGAGAAUGACCCGCAUGAUGGAAAAAGAAAGUGUGAGGCUUUAUGGCCUAUCUUUAAAAUUUGUCAUCAGAAGAGCCGCUACAUUUUUGACCUUUACCACAGGAGGAAGGAGAUCUCCAAGGAAUUAUUUGAGUUCUGCUUGGAUCAGGGUUAUGCAGACCGUAAUUUAAUCGCGAAGUGGAAAAAGCCUGGCUACGAACGGCUGUGUUGUUUGAGGUGCAUGCAACCUCGGGAUCACAACUUCCAAACAACAUGUGUUUGCAGAGUCCCUAAGCAUCUAAGGGAAGAGAAGGUUAUAGAAUGUGUGCAUUGCGGUUGCAAAGGUUGUGCUAGUGGAGAUUGAGUGCUUCUUUCUUAUACUGCACGGAUUGAGUGAGUAGUUCAGUGCUUCUUUAUCUGCUACCUGACUAUGGCAGGCUUGGCUUGUUUCACUCCAGCCAAGCCAAUGUUGAAACUGUAACUUGUUUAUUGGAACUGCACUGUUAUUCCUCUGUCUAAACAUCUUUAUUAUAACUUUAAAAUACCGUACCCAUGCGUGUGAUAUGGUAAGUGUUAAUUCCACUUUUGGCCCUUCAAAAUUAAUAGCAGUGCACUUUCAUGAUUA